AUGGAUUCAAAAGCCUAUCAAACGAGUGGUUCGGAAAACUAUCAGAAAGUGGUCGCCGAAGAAGUGGACAAACGCGAGGAUACCAUCAAAAAGUUGACGAAAUUAUAUACAGAGAUAUUACAGACCAUCGGUGAGGAUCCCGAACGCCAGGGUCUUAUGAAGACACCGAUGCGAGCGGCCAAAGCUCUGUAUUACUUCUCGCACGGGUAUGGCGUGAAACUGCCCGACCUCUUGAACGGUGCCGUCUUUAAUGAAGAUCACGACGAAAUGGUUAUCGUCAAAGACAUUGAGAUGUUCUCCCUUUGCGAACACCAUUUGGUGCCCAUCUAUGGACACGUCUCUAUCGGCUAUUUACCUAAUAAGCAAGUGCUGGGACUGAGUAAAUUGGCCAGGGUCGUUGAAAUGUACGCCAGACGACUACAGGUCCAGGAAAGGAUGACUAAACAGAUCGCAGAGGCUAUCACUGUGGCCAUCAACCCGACCGGUGUAGGGGUUGUCAUCGAAGCCACGUAUGAAUUGAUUAUAACUUAG